AUGUGCUCGAGGGACCUCGAGUCGCACAGCCCAGUCGACGGUGCUGAAAGGACUCCGAAAAGGGGCCGAGUGCAGACCAAAGCCAUCUCCCAGAGACCCCCAAAAGCAGCCACGACGUCGCGGGUCCAGCUGUCCUUUGUCGGCCUGCUCCACACUGUCGGCUGCCUCGAUCUGACCAAGUGGCCUGAAACACGAUCUCAAUGCCUCAGAGCGCCUCUCCGCCGAGAAGGCGAAAGGAUCAGACCUUCACGAGUAGUCAAAGUCGAUCUCUGUGGCGGUGCAACACCUGUCGGGGCGUUGAGCUACAGGUAUCGCCCCUUUGCGACAGCGAUGAGCGGCUUCGACUCCACUCACAAUUCUGGCGACCCGGAAACCUCGGUCGAUGACAAUGCGCGGUCGGAUUUCCAAUGUGUUGGCCCGAAUCUGCGCUUACACCUUACGGAGUGGUCCAGUCAGAAUACAACGAUCAAUCAAUCUCGAUCGCCUUCAAGGGCUCCUAAUCCUCCUCUCUCGACAAUGACCCGAGUCCGCGGCUUCUUCAGUCGCCCGAAGAAGACAUCUGUGACUGCUGCAAGCGAUACGCAUCGCCAACUUCAGAACUCAAGCCCUCACUCUCCCGUGCGGCCAUCCGAUACAUCUCAGACGACCCGACCCGCUCUCGCGCCCCGGGUCGCGGCCUCUCCCUUCGUUCUGGUUGGCGGAUUGCUGGAGACGCGAGGGACCGGCGGGAACAGCAUCGACGAUCAGUCAAGCCUCGUCGGAGCUCCGCUCGGCACCCUGACAGUCGUCAUGAAGCCGUCCAGGACUGGUCCCUCCGAUAUCGCCAGCAGGACAACCGAGAUCGAUUUUACCGGUGACCAGGCCUUGAGGGUGGCGGCAUUUGUCCUUACGCUGACAUCUGUGGGCGGCUCAGGCGUCCGGCCGAUGAUGGGCACAAUCAUCCGACCCUUUGACGACGAACACGAUACUGACAGGUGGCUGGCUGUGCACGAUUACUUCGAGGGCAAGUAUCGACAAGGUGUCCCGUCCAAUAGCCCCUUGGAGUCUCCCAGCUUCGCUUUCAAGACUACUGUGGGUGAUGAGUGA